AUGUCUGAUAUCGCCGCAAUUACCGAAAAGCUUGCGCCCCAGCCGGAGGUUGCUUAUCCAAAGACUCUGUUCUACGAGGGACCAGAGGCUCCUUGCCGAUUCGAAGGCGAGGUGUACAACUGCAUUGUUAAAGGAACAAUUCCGACGGAAGUGCAGGGUACUUACUACCGUUGCAUGCCCGACGCUCUUUGGGCACCGAAAUAUCAAGACGAUGUCUUUAUCAAUGGUGAUGGCGCGAUCGAUGCCAUCCGCAUCAAGGAUGGACAUGUCGACUUCAAGCAGAAGUAUGUCCGGACCUCCAAGUUCGUGAUCGAGCGAGCGGCCCGCCAGGCAGUCUUCGGAAAGUACCGCAACCGAUACACCGAUGACCCUCGUGUUAAGCACGAGAUUCACUCGACUGCGAACACGCACAUCAUCUACUUUGAGAAGCAGCUCCUAGCUUUGAAGGAGGAUUCUCCCCCUUAUGCGAUAGACCCGCACACCUUGGAGACUAAAGGACCGUAUACCUUCAAUGGGCAAUACACUGCGCCGACCUUUACUGCCCACCCAAAGAUUGACCCUACUAACGGGGAAAUGUUGACUAUGGGUUAUGAGGCUAAAGGAGAUGGCACAACCGACGUUUCCUAUUACCUUUUCAGCAAAGAGGGCAAGAAGCUGGAAGAAUGCUGGUUCAACGCCCCUCAUGUUGGAAUGAUGCACGAUAUGGCAGCAACCGAGAAUUGGGUGGUUUUCAUUGUCCCCCCGCUUGAGGCACAGCCUAUCGAUGAGAUGAAGAAAGGAUCUAAGCAUUUCGCUUGGGCCGAGGAGAAGUCAUUGACCUUUGGAAUUUUGCCCCGUCGCAACCCCAAGCCGGAAGACAUCAGAUGGUUCACUUACAAGAACGCAUUCUACGGACACACCGGAAAUGCAUUUGAUGGCGAGGAUGGUUGUGUUUAUUUGGACGCGCCUCUUACCAACUUCAACAAGUUCUGGUUCUUCCCCCCACGCGGUCAAGACCCAAUGGAGGCUCCGAGUGGCAAGCCUCCUGCUAGCGGAAAUGUUAGCCAGUACGUGCGAUGGAAAUACGACCCCAAUGCCACCGAUUUCCAUGUUGAGCCUACUCUAUUGGUUGAUGCCGAUGGCGAGAUGCCGAAGGUUGAUGACCGUUAUGUCGGCAAGCCAUACAACACCCUCUUCUAUGCCAUGCAUGAUCCUACCAAGCGGAAUGGUCCCGUCGGUGGUGUGUACAAUGCAAUUGCGAAGUGCAACGUGGCUACUGGUGAACUGAUCCUAUGGUCUGCUGGUGACCAUACCGCUAUUCACGAGGUGGCAUUCAUCCCGCGCAAUCCUGAAUCGGCCGAGGCGGAUGGAUAUCUCAUCACCCUUGCUAAUAGACGGGAUACCGGUCUUUCCUGCAUCCUGAUCUUGGAUGCCCGAAAGGUUCCUGAGGGCCCCGUUGAAGUUAUUGAGCUUCCAUUUCGCCUCAGAAAUGGAAUUCAUGGAAGCUGGGUCUCGGCGACCGAGCUGGAUAACGCAAUCGACCUUUGUGACAUGUCUGGUGUUACCGAGAAGAUUCGCCAGGAAUUCGGUACCAAGGAAGUCACCUUCCCAGUUCUCUGA